AUGUCCUCAUCACAUGGUAGCUGUCAAAUCAACAAUUUGGAUAAGUAUUGCUUGAGAAGUGUGCUAAAUCUAGAGAUGAAAAUAGAAAUUGAGUUUUUCUUAUUUAUGCAAGAAGGGUUUCUAGGUUUAUCUGGUAGAUAUAAAAUAAACAAGGCAAAAGUGGGUGAACUUUUUGAUGUAUCAGCAAUCGUCCUCAGAGUUAAGUCUUAUUUUGCUCCAAGAAGCUUUUUUGGGGUGGAAGAUUUUCUUGAUGAUGACAACAGCAGACCAUACACUUACCAGAAGGAGAAAAAGUCAAAAAAUCCGAACAAGCAUGUAUCCUUUAAGCAACGUACUGUAGCUUACAUGGAGCCAUUUACUCUUGAUGUCUUCAUAUCAAAGCGCUUUGUUUCCGCGUCAAUCACGCACAGGGUAACAAGCAAGCAGGUUGCAGUCGCUGGUACUAACUCCAAAGACAUCAAGGCAGUACUCAAAUCACGAUCUGACAUACCUGCAUGUUUGGCCGUGGGCCGGAUUUUGGCUGAUAGAGCAAGAGAAGCAGACGUGUACACAGCUUCUUAUACUCCUAGAGAGAGAGACAAGUUUGAAGGAAAAAUUAGAGCAGUUGUUCAAUCCCUCAUUGAUAGUGGCAUAGAUAUCAAAGUUUUUCUUGAUUGAUCCUUGUUUUUAGUCUUUUCCCGCAGUUUUUAUGGCGAUGUGCCUUCAAGAUUCUCAGGGACGAGAUCUGUGACUUUAGUUUGUAAAACAGACUUAUGUUCUCAAACUUGAAAGGUAAGAACUUUUCAUCAAAGCAUUUAUGCUUCAAUGAACUCAAUUUUUUCUGUAUUAUGUCACAUCCGUAAAAUGCCAGAAAUUAGAACAUAUUGUGUGGAGGGUUUUUUCUAUUUUCCUACUUUGGAGUUGGAAUUUAUUUGAAAAAUUAUAAUGAGGAA